AGAAGAUGCUCGAUCGAUAACGCGGUUUUUUGUGGCCCAGAUCCACCCAGGCCCACUUGUUCGCAGAGAACUGGUCACAACAUUUGCCACUGAUUUAUAUACUAUUUACAGGUCAGUGAAAUUUGGCCACGGAGCCCAUGGGGUAAUCGUCAUUAAGUUCUUCCGUCAAAAAUCAACGCUUGAACAGACCAAUUACCCAUAAUUCUCGAAUCUUUAUUGCAUCGCAACGCUCCGAACGGCAAUAUCGUAACUAUGUAAUUCUUAAGGAUAAUUUCUGAUACUUAACGUCGAUUCCCGGCAUUCCUUAAAUUUCAGUAUGCAUUUCAUGUAUUGUCUUGUUUUCUCGGUAUUGUUAACUAAAAUUGGACAGGCGGAAGAAUUCUGCGCUGCAAACAGCAAAGAUGAUUGUGAGGCAAGAAACGAAUCUCUCGAUAAAUAUUCAAAAGAGUCAAACAGAAGGUACGAGAAGUAUUUGAAUGCGAUCCGCAAUGCAGAGAAUCAAACUGCCUCCGGCGAUGAAUUUAGUCAUCGAAGCUGUGCUUGUUAUAAAAACGUUAUCAAACAUGAUUUAAAAGUUUUCAAGAAAACUGGAAUCUCAGAAGAAUCUAUAACGUUAGCUAAAUCCAGAGGGACGUUUUACCAAAUAAUCAAUGGCAGGCUCUACAGAGAAAAAGAUUGCAUGUUUCCUUCAAGGUGUGCAGGGAUCGAGCAUUUUAUUUUAUCCAUAAUCUGGGAUUUACCUGACAUGGAAUUAGUCAUCAAUACCAGAGAUUACCCCCAAUCUAGCAAAUAUUUUGGCGAACCGUUGCCUGUUUUCUCAUUUAGUAAGACUCCUGAUUACUUCGAUAUAACUUAUCCAGCUUGGAGUUUCUGGGAAGGAGGUCCAGCGAUUUCGCUCUAUCCACGCGGUUUGGGACGUUGGGAUCUGCACAGAAUAUCAUUGGACAGAGCAAGUGAAAAAAAGCCAUGGCACGACAAGCAGGACAAGGCCUUUUUCCGUGGCUCUCGAACCAGCUCUGAGAGAGAUAAUUUGGUUUUGCUCAGCCGGGGGCAGCCAGACCUUGUCGAUGCUCGCUAUACCAAAAACCAGGCUUGGAAAUCUGAAGCGGACACCUUGCAUAUGCCCCCUGCUCAAGAAACUCCUCUCGAGUCUCACUGUGAUUUCAAAUAUCUCUUUAACUUCAGAGGUGUUGCUGCAUCAUUUAGGCACAAGCAUCUGUUUUUAUGCCGAUCUCUAGUAUUUCAUGUUGGAGAGGAAUGGACAGAGUUUUACUAUACAGCCAUGAAACCAUGGCACCAUUACAUUCCUGUUCCGACAGAUGCAAACCAAGAAACUCUGCAGGAACUGAUACUUUUUGCUAAGGAAAAUGAUGAUAUAGCCCACAAAAUCGCAGAUCAAGGUAGAAAUUUCGUGUGGAAUCAUCUGAGAAUGGAAGAUGUCACAUGUUUUUGGAAAUCUUUGCUCAAGAGAUAUGUUAAGCUCUUGACUUACAAGCCUGUUUUGGAUAAAAGACUGAUAGAAAUUGAGCAGAAGUAGUGUUAUAUACUAUAAAUUGUAUACACAAUAAACUACAUAUUUUUAUACUUGCGUUUUUUGUUUAUUCUCAUUCAUUUAUAACUAUAAUCGUGAUGAAGUGAUAAUAUGAAUAAUUGAUUUGAGGAAGGAAAUAACAAGAGAAAACCGUUUAUAUUUCUUGCACGGAAACAAUUAAAGAAUUUAUUAAUAAUAAAUACUGGUUUAAUAUAUAUAUAUAUAUAUAUAUAUAUAUAUGUAUAUGCUAUAUAAUAUAUAAUGUAGUACAAGAUAAGACUCGUCGAGGCACCUGUAAUAACAGCGUUGCCGUUACCAGUACAUAUAAUUACAUGAUAAGUAAAAUCUUGAACAAUGAAGUACCUAAUAGCGUUUACAAUCAUGUAUAAGUACAAUUAAUUAAAAAUUAUAUAAUUCGAUAUAUAAGAGGAAUGGUAAAUAAUAUUCUAGAGUCAAAUAGAAGAAUAUUAUAACGUAAUACAUUACAAAUGAUCAACAAGCAAGUGAAAAAAAACGAGCAGCGACUCGUCAAAUUUUGCUGAAAGGCCUCUCCGAAGAAAACUAUCUCUGGAAACUUUCAUAAAUUUCUACGAAUUUAUUCAAUAUGUGAAUUUCCGACAGUCUCCUAGUUUUCAUGUAAAAUAUGUGACAAAUACUAGUGAUUUCUAAAAAUUUUGAUGAAAUAUUUCAAUUCCCAAAUGAGCCAUAUUUAUUAUAAAUUUUCCCAGUAAAUUUUAAGAAUAAUCUCGUUAGGUUCUUUAAUGUAAUUAUACAAGGAUGUUUGGUUCAUAAUAAUAUAAACGCGACAGAGCUGCACAACGUGGUUCGAUGUUGCCGUGUGUUGCUUGUAAUAAUCAUUGCAUCUUUUUUCUCAUUGGUAAGUUUUCUAGUGUAUAAUAAUAUUACAUUAUUUAUAUUUUAUUUGGAGAGUCGCGGAGCAACGAGCUCAAGACUCGACUUAAUCAGUGAAAAAAUAUACUCUAAAGGCACAUGAUACAAAGGCGUAUAGAUACACUAUAAUAUAAUAUAAUAAUUACAUCGAGAUUGAUCCUUGGAUGAAUAUUUUCCACUGACUUUAAAUUCUUUAAGUUAAGAACUUUAUCGUGAUUUAUUAGCCCGAGGUUCAUUCUCAACAAUUCAUAACACGUAAAUAAUAAGGUGUUUCGUUUGGAAGAAACAUUUUUUCUUGCUGAAACCUGAACAAAUUUUUGUACAUAAAAAAAACAUGCUUGUGGCAGGAUAUCUCUCAAGAUCAAAUUUUAAUUGGUUGCUCUUAGAAUUCGACUUUUUCCGCAUUUCAAUUACAGGACGAGAUGAUGAGAUUUUCCUGUUGAAAUGCUACGACUUUUGCACAUUUAAUGAUAUAAACUCAAUCCUGGGAAUAUUUUGUACAGAAUUAA